GCCAAACAGACACCUCUCAAACAUUCGUUUGAGCAUAUCGCUGAAAUGGAGGCCACCGUACUAUCAAAAAGAAGAAAAAGAAGAAAGCGGCGAAGCAACCGAAACCCUAACAUCGCCAUUUCUUCCCCGUCACCAACUGUCACUGAGAUGCAGCAAUCCACCGAAACCCUAACACCACAGUCGCGUCACGCGCCGCCACUGCCCACUCUUCCUUUCGAAUUGGUCGCAGAAAUUCUAUGCAGACUCCCUGUCAAGUUACUCUUACAACUCCGGUGCCUCUGUAAGUCCUUCAACUCUCUUAUCUCCGAUCCAAAAUUCGCAAAGAAGCACCUUCAUUCGUCAACCACGCCCCACCACCUUAUCUUACGCUCUAACAACGGUUCAGGCAGAUUUGCUCUCAUUGUUUCCCCAAUUCAAUCUGUUCUAUCAACUUCUACCGUUCCAGUUCCACAGACACAACUCACUUACCCUACUUGUCUCACAGAGGAAUUUGCUUCUCCUUAUGAAUGGUGUUCUUGCGAUGGCAUCAUUUGUCUCACCACUGAUUAUAGUUCCGCUGUUUUGUGGAACCCUUUCAUUAAUAAAUUCAAAACAUUGCCUCCUUUAAAAUAUAUUUCACUGAAAAGAUCGCCUUCUUGCUUAUUUACUUUUGGGUAUGAUCCUUUCGCCGAUAAUUAUAAGGUUUUUGCUAUUACCUUUUGUGUCAAGAGAACUACAGUUGAAGUUCAUACUAUGGGUACGUCUUCUUGGAGAAGGAUUGAAGACUUCCCAUCUUGGAGCUUUAUUCCUGAUUCAGGAAUAUUUGUGGCGGGUUAUGUUCAUUGGUUGACAUAUGAUGGUCCAGGUUCUCAGCGUGAAAUUGUUUCUCUUGAUUUGGAGGACGAGUCAUAUUGUGAGGUUUUGCCGCCUGAUUUGGAGACGGAUUUGUGGACCUUAGGAUUGGUGUGGGAUUACCUGUGCAUCUUUGCAAGUAAUGAAUUGUUUAUGGAUGUUUGGAUUAUGGAGGAAUAUGGAAAGAAAGAGUCUUGGACUAAAUUGUGCAAGGUUCCUUACUUGGAAGAUCAAAGUCCGAGGUUGCGUGCUUUUUACAAGGCUUUCUAUCUUUCUGAGGAUGGCCAAGUGGUGUUGGAUGCAUGUGUGCCAUUGAAGUUGGCUGUAUAUGAUUCCAAAACUGAUGCUUUGAAGAUUCGUGAGAUUCAAAAUAGAAAUGGUUGGAAGGAUCCAAAAGUCUACACUGAGAGUCUGAUAUCACCUUGUUCUUAAUGUCAAGUUAAUGGCAGAUGGAACUUGUUGUUUUCAAUUGCUUAUGCCAAGACUUUUUUAUAUAUAUAUUUCUGAGGAUGCCUAAGUCCUGUUGAAUUUUCAUGAGUUGCGAAGCAUCGAUUUGAAGUUGGUUGUGCACGAUUCCAAAAAUGAUGCUUUGAAGAUUCUCAAGAUUCAAAACAUCAACUGUGGAUGGAUCCAUAAGACUAAAUUGAAAGUCUGAUAUCACUUGUUCUUAAUGUUAAGAUAUAGAUGCUAUAUUUUGUCGUUUAAGCAUAGGAUUCAACUCCAACUUAUAUAUGGUUAAUUUCUAUUUAUGAUAUGUAUUUGCAUGUUCUGAUUAUUGCUGUCUUUUGGGAUCAUUGUUACUGUUAGUUCAUGGCAGAUGCAACUUGUUAUUUUCAAUUAUUUGUUGGUUUGAGUUGUUUCUUCAAUCAAUACUUAAUGGGAUUGGCCUAGCCCUUGUGACAGUUAUGUGUAAUGAGUUAAAGUCUAUUACUAUUUAAUUGUUCAU